AUGUGUAAAUAUUAAUUAAAUAAAGAUUUAGAAAUGUCAAAAUAUAAAUUUAUUAUAAUAAAUCCCAAAUAAAAAAAUAUUACAAAAAAAAUAAUACAGAAAUAUCUAUAUAGUAGCAUUAUUACUGAUAGUUCUAGCGAUAAUUAUCGAUGACGCAGCCCUUUUGUCUUUUUUUUGAAACGUCAAAUCAUUAACGUACAGAUUCCUCUACAACAUAUUCCUAUCUGUGUUUAGACAGUCUUUCUGACUUGUGUUGUCAUUUUUACGAUUGUUUCGAGGGCUCGUUUCUUAUUGAGUUUUAUUUUUCAUUUCGAUUGAAUUAAAUUAAAUUGGACUUUGUUAAUUAAACAAUCUUUAAGGUUUCUUCUGUGUUGUUUAUUCAUAAUAAUGUAAUAUUUUUUGUGAAAAAACAUUAUCGUAACUAAUAAAAAUAUGUUAGUGAAAAAGGAUUUUUGGGCUAUGAUCUGCAGAGGUCGGAAGAAAAAAAUUGUUACAUUGUUAAUAAUAUUGAUAUUUUUGAUUAAUGCAUUAAUGUAUGUUAGUUUAGAAUUAUACAAUACUGUAAAGAGAAAACGAGACAAAGAUAUAUGGUAUAAAAGUUUACAUUUUGAUGAUAAUUCAUAUGUGGACAAGACUGGAAUGCGAGUGGUUGUUGGCCAUUAUGUUGGUGGCAGUACUGGGGCUAACUUGACUGAUGAGGUCAUAAACAGUAACAACUAUGCGCCUGUGGCUGGCGCUGGUGAAGGAGGCAGACCAGUGCAGUUGUCUCAGCGUGAAUUGAUUACUGCCAGAGAUCUCUAUUCAUUACAUUCAUACAAUAUUUUAGUCAGUGAUAAAAUAUCAAUAAAUAGAAGUCUUCCUGACAUGCGGAGUGAGAGUUGUAAAAAUGUUCAGUAUAAUAUUGAGAAUCUUCCUACAGCAACUGUAAUAAUAGUUUUCCACAAUGAAGCAUGGUCUACUCUAAUGAGGACAGUAAUGUCUGUAAUAUUGAGAUCUCCAGAACAAUUAUUGAAGCAGAUUAUACUUGUAGAUGAUGCCAGUGAACGGAAAUACCUUGGCAAGGAUUUAGAAGACGCUGUGAAUAAAUUAAACAAAGUUCAAAUAUUAAGAAGCACCGACAGGAAGGGAUUAGUAGGCGCUAGACUUAUGGGCGCUAGGCAUGCAACGGGCGAUGUUUUGGUAUUCUUGGACGCUCACUGUGAAGUAACAGACGGUUGGAUGGAACCUCUAUUAGAUCGAGCGGGUAGUGAUGACGUGUUUAUUUGCCCACAUAUCGACCUGCUCUCCGAAGAUACUUUGGCCUAUACUAAAAGUAUAGACGCUCACUGGGGUGCCUUCAGUUGGCGCCUCCACUUCCGAUGGCUGAUGCCUUUUGGUGAAGUGCUUUUGAAAAAAACUGAGAAUCCAUCUAAACCUUACCCAACUCCUGCCAUGGCAGGAGGACUUUUUGCAGUGAGAAGGAGUCUCUUUUGGCGGUUGGGAGGUUACGAUGAAGGCAUGAUUAUAUGGGGCGCUGAAAACCUAGAACUUUCUUGGAGAGCAUGGCAAUGUGGGGCUAGAGUUGAAAUAACAUCUUGUUCCAGAGUUGGCCACAUAUUUAGAAGGCAUAGUCCUUAUAAAUAUCCGGGUGGGGUUUCAAAAGUUUUAAACUCGAAUUUAGCACGCGCGGCUACUGUGUGGAUGGACGAAUGGGCAGAGUUUUUCUUUAAGUUCAAUCCUUCUGUUGCUGCUAUAAGAGAUGAGCAAAACGUAGCCGAUAGAGUGGAACUUAGAAAAAAAUUGCAGUGUAAAAAUUUUAAAUGGUAUUUAGAAAAUGUAUGGCCGCAGCACUUUUUUCCGACUGAUGAUAGAUGGUUUGGAAGAAUUCGUAAUGACAGAGGUGGAUGCUUAGGGGUCACUGCCGGCACUCCAGGGCUUGGUGGACCAGCUGCUGGUAUUCAAUGUGGCAGUGACUUUGAAAUUGAAAAAUUAUUGCUUUAUACACCAGAAGGGAAAAUAAUGGCUGACGAGGGAUUGUGUUUGCAACAAGGAAAUGGACGGGCUUUGUGGAAGAGUUGCAGCGAUAAUCCCAAACAGACUUGGCUGCAGAAGGGUCCACGACUGAAGACCAAGGGUGGGUUGUGUUUAACGUUAGUUUUGACUAAUAGUGAAGAUGGCGUGGGUGAUCCUUUAACAGCAAAGAGGUGUGUUAAAGAUGGAGGGCAGAUUUGGCAUUUUGAACGCGUGCCUUGGCGCUAAAUGUGAUAAUGUAUUAUUAGUUAUAGUUCAUAAGUAGGAACAGUGAAUACUGCAAAUAAAUUGACCCCGAAUUACGUAAUACCAUUAUUAGAUUAAUAUUUUACUACAAAUUGCACCAAAUGCAAAAUAAUAUUAGUUCGUUAGUACUUAAGAUUUGUUUUAACAAUAUUUUGCAUUUAUUCAUUAAGAACUUAUCUAAUCCUUAUUGUUAAUUUUCAAUGAUUAAUAGGAAUAAAAUGAUAUUUGUCCAAUAUUUUACGGGCAUAUGUUCAAAUUAAAUAAUCUGCUGCUGUUUAAUUUUAAGGAUAUUACCAUUUGAUAAUUAUAAGGAUUUUUGUGAUUUUGUAAGAUUUAAUAUUUUUUAUUUUAUACCAGUAAUGCUUUUUUUAUAUAAUAUGUAGUUUUUAUCACACAUAAUAUUUCAAAUUACUGCAAAAGCCUUAAAUUACUCAGCGGGCUAUGGAGAGAGCUAUGUUCGUUUCUUUGCGUGAUAGAAUCCGAAACGAGGAUAUCCGCAAAAGUAUCAAAGUAACCGACAUAGUUCGAAAGGUAAGCAAGCUGAAGUGGCAAUAUACUGGUCACAUAGCGCUAGAAGUGACAACCGAUGGGGAAGGAAAUUUUUUGAGUGGUGAACCCGUACGGGGCAAACGCAGUGUAGGACAACUCCCCACUUAAUGGAGUGAUGACCGCAAAUGCAUUGCAGGUAGUCAGUGGAUGCAGGUAGCUAAGGACCGUUCCUUAUGGCAGUCUAUAGAGGAGGCCUAUGUCCAGCAGUGGACGGUAAAUGGCUAAAGUGAUUAUAGUGAUAAAGAUACAUAUUUCAUUUUUUAAUAAGUUACAUCUGGAUGUAAUCUCGUGUACUAUUAAAAUCUUAAUAUCGUGAUAAUUUGUUAAUGGUUUAGUCAUGUAAUUUAUAAUAAAAACAAAAUUUAUAAUUAAAUAGCGGAAACAAAGUACUCGUAACAUCAUGGGCACAGCCUGUGUAAGUGUGAAACGUUUUAUCUUUAAACUGACAAAUUAUUAUUUAGUAUUAUAAUUACCGUUCAUGUUUAUGUCAAAAUUUAUUUGAAAUUGAUUAUUAUGAUUAUGUAUGUAUGUAUUAUAAAUUAUAUUUAUGCGGAAAAAGCCUGUGAUAUUCUGUUAAUAGUUCAAAAUAAACAUUUAGGAGUUAGUUCGAUAAAUAAUCAUCAAUUACUAGGUCUUAUUGUUAGGACGGUAAAAUAUCAUAGGAAUAUGUGUAUAAUAGGAAGUCAAAAUCUUCUUUCAUAAUAUAUAUUUGACGUGAAACAGUAAUUACAAAUAAUGAACAUUGUAAUUGUAUGUAAUGAGGUUGUGUUUUGUUGUACUCUGAAGCUGUUAAGCAUUAACCUUAGAUAAAUAACUAAAUAUUGUUAGCAUCGAUUCAUAAAAUAUCAAACGUCCAAUAAAUCUAUUUUUAGGCUUCUUAAAAAACUGGUGUUCUACCGUUUUUGAUCCCAUUAUUGUUUUUUUUUUGUUGAUUGGUUUGCUAUUUUUUUUGCAAAACAAAACCUUUAAUUCUAUUGAAAUAUUUUGUAUUUUUUUUUGUAUAUUUGGCAACAGUUAAGUCUUAUAUACUAAUUAUAUAUAGCAAGGUAUUAACAAUAAAAAUAGGUUUGUAGGAUGUUUUGAAUUUUAUGAUUUAGACAAUAAACUUUCGUAUCAAUUAUUUCAAUAUGUACUCGAUACCCCACUUAAUAUAUAAUAUUUAAUACUCAACAUAUCAUAACUAUAAAAUAUUAUAUUAAUAAAUUGUAAUUUUACAUGAAGUUCUGAAGAAAUAUCUAGUCUAAUAUUAAUUGAAUCUAUGUAUGAUAAGUAAAUUGGUAUAAAUAUAUUGCGUGUUUAUGUGUGAAUGACAUUGAAUCGCUUAUAAUUUUUUUUUUGUAGUCAAAGCAAUAUUUUAUAGUGAGUACGAGUAAGCACACACUGCACAUUGUUGACUAAUAGAAAAAGGAAUGUACGUAUACGUUACAAUUACUUAAUCUCUUAUCAGCUAUUAUA